AUGUCUGCCCCCGUCGACGCCCCCAAGCCCGUCGAGCACCCCGAGGUUGGAACUGUCGGCACCGUUGAGCCUGCGCCGGCACCCAUUGUCGCCAGCGAGCCUGUUGUCGCCGCGCCCGUAGAGGAGGCGCCCAAGACGGAGGAUGUCCCCAAGACCGAGGGCGAGGCCGCAGCGCCCGUAGAGGAGGCCAAGGAGGAGAAGGUCGUCGAGCCCAUUUACAGCGGUGCGCUCGGCUACAAGGCGCCUGGCCUGAAGAACGCCUUCCGCUUCGCCAAGAAGUACUUCUGGUUCGGCGAGGAGCCCGUUGCCGCCGACAACCUCAGGGAGUACCUCCGCGGCGAGAAGCCCGAGGUUGCCCACCCCGUUGUCGCCUGGUCCAGCCAGACCGGAAAGGGCCUCCUUUUCUUCGUCAAGCACGCCGACCAGAAGGAGCACCCCGCCGGUGUCCUCAACUUGGCCUAUGCCACCGACCUCGCCAAGGACGGCGCCGUCGCUUUCGCGUUCAAGAUCUCGGGCCACAAGCACACCUUCGAGGCCACCACCGCCGCCGAGCGUGACGGAUGGUUCGUCGCCGUCGAGAAGGCCAUCACCGAGGCCAAGGCGUCCAAGGACACCAUCGAGUCGAGCGAGGGCUACAAGGAGAACAAGGAGAAGAUUGGUAAGCCCACCGCGCUAGCGGGAGCUACAUCCUCCGCCCCCAAGAAGAGCAUGGACGCGACCCCCAAGCUCGCCGAGGGUGAGACCGCCGCUGCUGGCGAGCCCGUCGCUGCCCGCACUGGAUCUUCUUCCAGCUCCUCUUCCGACGAGGAGAAGCGCAAGAAGGCCGCUAAGAGCAAGUCCCGCUCUGUCUCCCGCGGCAAGCGUGCCAGUCUCUUCGGCGGCCUGCUCGGAAAGAAGGACAAGGAGCCCAAGGAGGAGACCGAUGCUGCUAAGACUGAGCCUGAGGUCAAGAAGGAGGAGCCCGCCGUUGUUCCUCACCUCGACGAGAUCCCCGCCACUGCUCCCGUCAACGCCAACGACGUUGUGAAGCCCGCUGAGGAGACCACCGCCGAGCCCGCCGUCCCUGUUGUCGCUGCUCCCGCUGAGGAGGUCAAGGUGGAUGAGACCGCUGCUCCCGCCACCGCUGAGAAGCCCAAGCCCCAGAAGCGUGGUUCCAUCUUCGGAUCCUUCGUUGAGAAGCUCAAGUCUCCCACCACCGAGAAGAAGGAGCACGAGGCUGGUCUUGCCUCCACCCCCGUUAAGGAGAACGAGACUGCCGCUGAGGCUAAGCCCCUUGAGGAGGCCACGGUUGGCGCACCUGUCGUUGCUGAGCCCGUCGUCGUUGCCACCGAGCCAGCUAAGACCGAGGAGGCCAAGGUCUCUACUCCUUCCAAGGAGAAGGAUCACUUCAAGUUCGGAAAGUUCUUCGGAUCCAAGGACCGCGCCAAGUCGCCUGCUCGUGAGCCCAAGGUCGACGCGGCUGCUCCUCAGAUCGCUGACACCAACGCGCCAGCCACCGCUGAGCCCGUCCAGGCCGUCGAGCCUGCUCCCAUUGCUGAGACCAAGGUUGAGCCCACCGCUGAGACCGAGGCUCCCAAGCAAGACAAGCGCAAGUCGUUCUUCGGCAACCUCGGCCGCUCGCUCUCCAAGGCGACCGGUAACAAGGCGCCCAAGGACAAGAAGGACGCUGCCAGCCCUGCUCCCGUCGCCGAGGAGGAGGCCGUUGCCGCCCCCGCCGUUGAGGAGAAGAAGGAAGAGACCACCGCCCCUGUCGUAGCCGACAUCCCCGCUGAGAGCAGUGUGGGCGAUGCUUCGAAAAGCGCCAACCCGACUGUCGCUACAACUGCGUAA